CUGCAUCCGCUCCAGACCAGGUGCUUCCUGCCCUGCGGCCCCUUGGGCUUGUACACUGAGGCACCCAGCAGCCUGUGGCAACCCUUUCCCCGCCAGAGCUGGGGAAGGCGGCAGCAUUAACAAGAGGACUGGGGCAGAAUCCCCACCCUGCCACGUGGUAGCCAUGGGACCGUGCAGGCAGCCCUUACUGGCAUCGUAUCGUCUGUACUAUGACCCUAAACCUAAUUCCAGAGCCCAUCUAGUAGGCAUCCCAGAGUUAACUCAAACAUUCAGAACUGUACUCUGGCUUCCCUGGACAGUAGGAUGGUUGUCUGUGGGGUUCUGGGUUUCACUUGAUUCCUGAGUGUGAGCCUGCUCGGUGACUCACUCGUGUCUGACUCUUUGCCACCCCAUGGACUUGCAGCCUGCCAGGCUCCUCUGUCCACGGGAUUUCCUAGGCAAGAAGACUAGAGUGGGUUGCUGUUUCCUUCUCCAGAGGAUCUUCCUGACCCAGGGAUUGAACCCAGGGGCCUGCCUGGGCACUCCUGCAGUCACACGGGGCAAAGCAUGACUGACCCAGGUGGGAGCACGCCAGGGGUGGGAACAGGGUCGUACCUUGAGCUUCAUCACCAUUCCAAGAUAUUGACCCAAUGCCUCUUUAUCACUGUCCACCCUGAAGUGGCCCACACUGUGGGACAAAGGCUGGGGGCCUCUGAGCUGGGGCCAUGUGAGCCUGCGGGGAGAGGCCCCGGAUGGCGGGGACCUGGUGGGCGCACCUAUCAGAAGGUUCGGCCACUGGCACUGGCCGCACCUCCCCAGCUGUGGUACUUUUCUUUAACCCUCCUGGACCUGGCGUGGUGGUGUGGAGGGUGCACCAGGGGCCCAAGACACUGGCCCAGCCUGGACACCCAGGGCCAGACUGUCAACACUGCCCUGCAGUCAGCGCAGGGUGGGGUUGGCAGAAGAGCGAGGAGGCACUCUUGUAGAAAGAGGAACCGGGCAGGCUGAGGAGGAGAAGGGGGCCCCUGGGUCACGAGGCCCCAGCAGAGCCGGAAAGGACUCUCCACCCCCAUCAGCACAGGACAAGGGGUAUUCAAAGCUGGAGGACAGGCCCAAGUAACAUAGGGACUGCUGCAUUUCUGCCUCAGUUUCCCCUCUGCAUGCAACCGGGCACCUCACUCCCAAGGAUGUGUGCAGGAGCAGGGAUCCUGCAGCGCCUGGGGGACAGAAGGUGAGGCCUUGAGGGUGACAGGCGGUCCUGCCUGUGCUGGCGGGGGGCGGGGCCCAGAGGCCCGCGCUCGGGGGAUCCCCGCCCCGCCGGGUUUCCUCCGGGGUCAGCCCGGCUCCUUAUCAGGCGCGGCCAGGCAGCCAGGCCCUUAUCUGCACUGGCCCAGCAUCCUCCAGCCAUUGCGCCAGGGGUGAGAGGGAGGAAACCGGGCCGCCAGGGGCGGGGAGAGGGUGGGCGGCCUGGAGCUGCUCACUUUCCCUGGAGGGACCUGCCCUGUUGCUGCCGCUGCUUCUGCCGCGGUGGCCCUUGGGAGCCAAGGAAGAGGGGUGGCCGACGCCACAGCCCGGAGGGGUGGCCGACUAACUACCAGGGCCACGGAGCACAGAGGCUGGAGCAGGGUGCUGGUGUCUCGCCUGAACCUGGAACUGCAUCCUAGCCCUGGAGGACAGAGUCAGGGCCAUCUGCAGGCAGCCACAACAGUGCUGGGGUGAGCACCCCCUCGGGGUCCAUGUGCCCGCCCGAGGCCCAGGCGGAGGUGGGCCCCACCAUGACCGAGAAGGCCAAGAUGGUGUGUGCUCCCAGCCCAGUGCCUGCCCUGCCCCCAAAGCCUGCCUCGCCUGGGCCCCCAAAGGUGGAGGAGGUGGGCCACGGAGGCUCCGUCUCGCCACCCAGGCUGCCCCCUGGUGUGCCAGUGAUCAGCCUGGGCCACACCAGGCCCCCAGGGGCAGCCAUGGCCACCACAGAACUCAGCACCCUCCAUCCCCCACUGCUGCAACUCUCUGCCUUAGGAACCGCCCCACCCCCGCUGGCCCUGCAUUACCACCCUCACCCAUUCCUCAACAGCCUCUACAUUGGGCCAGCAGGACCUUUCAGCAUCUUCCCUAGCAGCCGGCUAAAGCGGAGACCAAGCCACUGUGAGCUGGAGCUGGCUGAGGGGCAUCAGCCCCAGAAGGUGGCCCGGCGCGUGUUCACCAACAGUCGGGAGCGCUGGCGGCAGCAGAACGUGAACGGCGCUUUCGCUGAGCUCAGGAAGCUGCUGCCAACGCACCCGCCCGACCGGAAGCUGAGCAAGAACGAGGUGCUCCGCCUGGCCAUGAAAUACAUUGGCUUCCUGGUGCGGCUGCUGCGCGACCAGGCGGCGGCUCUGGCCGCAGGCUCCGCCCCUCCGGGGCCCCGCAAGCGGCCGGCGCACCGAGGCCUGGACGACGGCGGCGCCCGUCGCGGGCCGUGUCGCAGGGCCGAGGUAGUGGCGCGCCCCCAGCCCGCGCCUUCCGGCGGCCCCGACAGCAGCCGCGGUGGGACUGGCCGACCCAUCAAGACAGAGCAAGCGGCUGUGAGCCCAGAGGUGCGAUGACCUCCACGAUGUCGCCUCUGAGCCGAAGGGCACUGGAAAGCCAGCCCAGGGCCAUCUAGGAAGGGGCGGACGACGUGCUCGCACGGCCUGAUCUGGACCGAAUUCUCCCGAAGAAGGACCAGUGAGGGGUCCCCUACAGGGGAAAGGGCCCGGCGGUCCCGAAGGGCGACCGUCUCCCCCAGGGGCUUGAAGACCCUUUUAUCGCCCACGGCCCGCUGGAGGUGGCCUUGUCCGCGUACCCCUUCCGCGGGGUGAGGUCCGGGAACCAACACAUCAGAGUGGCCAUUGGACUCAAAGGGGGCCUAAUUUUUCCGAGCUGGGGUCACCGAGGGAGUUAAGCAGGGGCCUGAGAACACGCUCCUUUCUCACUG